AUGGCUCAAAAAGCAAGAUGCUACACACUGAUACGGAUUGCUAUCUGGCUGGUACCAGUGGUCCUGGGCGCCAUACACUAUCCUGAUGUCAUUCACGGGGACAAUCCAUGCAACAACACUAGAAAUAUAUCAAAAGAAGCGAUAUUCACGUACGUGAAACCAAUAACCGUUGAAAACGAAGUGUGCGUGACGACGUUUGCGACAAACAGUUAUACAAUGCUGACAGUCCAAUUUCUCAUGUACUACACCGACACAUAUCAGAACAACGAAGAAGGUAACUGUACUGUCUGGUCAGUUCAGCUCUACAACUCUAGGGGACUACCUGUUCUGGGCCCUGGCUCCAAAUACUGCAGUUCAAAGAAACCAAAAGGUGUGUUCGUCCUUGGGAGAACAGCUACAUUUGUUCGUGAGGUUAAAACCAAACGUUACCUGUGGUUGAACCCAGUGACGGUGAAUAUCCUGCUGACAGAAGUCAACUACAAAAAUGAGUCGUGCAUUUAUGGAUAUAUAGACUGCAAAAACAACUACUGCAUUCACCGAGAUCUUGUGUGCAACAAAUACGACAACUGUGGCAACAACAGUGACGAACUAGAAGAGAACAAUAUGUGCCAGCCCGUGUAUAAAGUUGUUGUUAAAGUCAUUUUGGCUUGCAUUGUUGCAGUUCUGUUUGUGAGUCUGAUAAUCUUUCUGCUGUGUCGGACAAAGAUUAUUAAAUGA